UUGCCCCUCUCACAGAACCCAAAAUAAAACACCGCUCUCUGCAGAAAACUCUCUCUCUCUCUCUCUGUUAAGUUCGCUUCUCGUCUCGCCUGAAAGCACCCAAGAACUCUCAUUGUUCUCGUUCAAUCGCGGUCAUACUUUUCGAGAUGGAGGAUUUACCUCCGCCACCUCCUAGUGUUCCAGAAGAUGUGAAGCCAGAAGUUGUGGCUCUGGCUCCUCCCAAGCACUCUAUAAUGGUUAGGCCACGUAAGAGUGGAACUACAGGCCGGCGCAUACAAUUGAGCACUAACCACUUCAAAGUUUCUGUGAAGAAUCCAGAUGCUGUGUUUUAUCAGUAUUGUGUUCUGAUAACUUAUGAAGAUAAGAGACCUGUUGAAGGCUUGAGAAUUGGGAGAAAGCUGGUGGAUAAGCUCUAUCAAACAUACUCCUCUGAGUUUGGUGGUAAAAAAUUUGCAUAUGACGGGGAGAAAGCUUUGUACACAGUCGGUCCUCUCCCACGAAACAAGUUUGAGUUCACAGUCGUUCUGGAAGAGUCAUUUGCAAAGAGCAGUGAAACGGGGGAGUCUGGUGAUAGUGACAAAAGAAUGAAACGCUGUUCUAAUCGCUCUAAAUCUUUCAAUAUAGAAAUAAGUUAUGCGGCCAAGAUACCUCUCAAAUCAAUUGCCCUUGCUCUUCAAGGAGCUGAAGUAGACAACACUCAGGAUGCAUUGAGAGUGCUUGAUAUUAUUCUGCGGCAGAAAGCAGCUAAGAUGGGAUGCCUUCUUGUACGACAGUCUUUCUUCCAUGAUGACUCCAGGAGCUUUGUUGAGAUUGGAGGAGGUGUGACUGGUGUCCGGGGCUUUCAUUCCAGUUUCCGUCCAACUCAGGGUGGAUUGUCCUUGAAUAUGGAUGUAUCUACAACAAUGAUUGUGACGCCUGGACCUGUUAUCGAUUUUCUGUUAACCAACCAAGGUGUACGGGAACCCCGCUACAUUGACUGGGUGAAAGCCAAAAGAAUGCUUAAAAACUUGAGGAUUACAACAAGACACCGUAACAUGGAGUGCAAAAUCACCGGGUUGAGCGAGAACACCUGCAAUAAUCAGUAUUUUACGCUGAGGCGCAAGAGUCAUGAUGGCACAACCGAGGGGGAGACUCUGGAGGUUACGGUGUAUGAAUAUUUCGUCAAACACUGUGGCAUAGAGCUCACCUAUUCUCAAAACAUGCCAUGCCUUGAUAUUGGCAAGCCAAAGAGGCCCACAUAUGUUCCAAUUGAGCUCUGCUCACUUGUCUCACUACAAAGGUAUACAAAAGCAUUAUCUUCCCUGCAGAGAGCAUCCUUAGUGGAAAAAUCAAGGCAGAAGCCUCAGGAGAGAAUAAAGAGUGUGACUGAUGCUUUACAAAAUUACAACUAUGGUGAAGAUCCUGUCCUUGCUGAGUGUGGUAUAUUUAUAGAGAAGCAACUGAUUCAGAUGGAUGGCCGUAUUCUCGAGACUCCAAAGUUAAAAGUAGGUAACAGUGAGGAUAUGAUGCCCUUUAAGGGACGAUGGAACUUCAAAGGAAAGUCAUUUUUGAAUCCUACACAUAUUAAAUCAUGGCUAGCUGUCAACUUCUCCGGACGGUGUGACAUUAGUCAAAUCUCUCGGGAGCUUAUCAAUGUUGGGAAGAAGACCGGAAUUCAUAUUGAACGCCCCAUAAAUCUGAUUGAGGAAGAUCCACGAGCUGAAAGACUUGGCCCUGUUGCUAGAGUAGACAAGAUGUUUGAACAGAUUCAAGCUAAGCUCCAAGAACCACCUGAGUUCAUUCUCUGUGUCAUACCAAAGAAAGGGUCUGAUAUAUAUGGGCCUUGGAAGAAAAAAGCUCUGGUUGACUUUGGGAUUCCAACACAAUGUAUUUCCCCACCCAAGCUUACCGAUCCAUACUUGACUAACAUCCUCAUGAAAAUCAAUACUAAGCUUGGAGGAAUAAAUUCUCUGUUGGCUCUGGAGCACUCCUCAUGUGUUCCUCUUAUAAAAGAUACUCCAACAAUGAUUUUGGGGAUGGAUGUCUCUCAUGGUUCUCCUGGCCGAUCAGAUGUUCCUUCAGUUGCUGCGGUUGUUGGCUCUCGUAAUUGGCCUCUUAUAUCAAGGUAUAGAGCAGCUGUUAGAACACAAUCUCCUAAGGUGGAGAUGAUUGAUGGUCUAUACAAGCCACUUCCAAAUGGAGAUGAUGAUGGUAUCAUUAGGGAACUGCUUCUAGACUUCUAUAAGACAAGCAAAGGACGCAAACCAACUCAGAUUAUUAUUUUCAGGGAUGGAGUCAGUGAAUCGCAGUUCAAUCAAGUGUUGAAUAUUGAGCUUGAACAAAUUGUGAAGGCUUACCAGCAUCUUGGGGAGAAAGAUGUUCCAAAGUUCACUGUCAUUAUAGCUCAGAAGAAUCAUCACACAAAACUAUUCCAAGCUAAUAGCCCUGAUAAUGUUCCACCAGGGACGGUUUGUGACACAAAAAUCGUGCAUCCAAGGAUCUAUGAUUUUUACAUGUGUUCUCAGGCUGGCAUGAUUGGGACUUCAAGGCCAGCCCACUAUCAUGUCUUGCUUGAUGAGAUUGGCUUUUCCCCUGAUGACAUGCAGAACCUGAUUCACUCCCUUUCUUAUGUGUACCAAAGGAGCUGUACCGCAAUAUCUAUUGUGGCACCCAUAUGCUAUGCGCACCUUGCUGCAGCACAAGUGGGGCAGUUUACAAGAUAUGAAGAUCUCUCGGAAACGUCGUCUGCGAAAGGUAGUGUCACAACAUCAGAGAGCAUCCCAGUUCCGGAGCUCCCUAGGCUUAACCAUAAGGUCGAGGGCUCCAUGUUCUUCUGCUGAGGUCCGGAGCUCAAAACAUCAGAGACCUUUCUUUUGUGGAUAUGGCUAAUCUUAUUAGCUUUUUGACUUCCAUAGGCAUAGGACAACAACCCCAGCUUUAGUACUUGGAUUGAGCGCUUUAGAUUUAGACAUUGUGGUUGUCAACAACUUUUGAGACCUCAUCUGUCUGCUCCUGAGCAGACAUUUGAGGCAUGAUGAUCUCCACAGGUACAUUGCUCUUCUUUUCGUUGGGUAGAAAAAUGAUCUGUUCAAGUAGUAUGGAAUCAUUAUUGUUGUCCUUUUAGGAAAUGAGUAUUUAUGCAGACUUGAACAUAUAUAAAUUCCUAGUA